UAGGUAUAAAAACAGGGGACAAAUCUCACGCUGUCAGAGACACAGACCAACACGACAAAAUCAACAUGAAUCUUCUUCUUCUGGUGGUUGCUUUGGGGCUCGCAGGAGCGUAUCCCCUGGAGGAAUACAAGGUGUGCCAGCCUCACUCCAGACCCUGGCAGGUGUCUCUGCAUGGUGGAGGAGUGUCCUGCAGUGGAGCGCUCAUCGACCCUUGGUGGAUAGUAACCUCGUUUGAAUGUGCACCCACACCCUACAGUACCAUUGCAUCUCUUGGGGAGCACGACGUUAUGGUGGAGGAGGGCACCGAGCAGCACAUUUACGUUGCUGAUGUGAUCAUUCACAGCCCCUACCGCUCGCCCCUGCACAGCCUCACCAUGGUCCGCCUUGCUGAACCCGCCCUCCUCAACCAGAACGUGAAGCCCAUCCCUCUGCCCAGCCGCUGCCCCCAGCCUGGAGAGUCCUGCGAGGUCAGUGGCUGGGGAUCCACCGUCCCAAAUCAAUAUGAGCCUGCUCAACACCUGAAGUGUAUAAAUGUGCCUGUUGUGGAUGACGAGACGUGCAUGAACACGUUCCCCGAGUACCUUUUCUGGAGCCCGGGCAUGGUCUGCGCUGGAGAAGCAAACACAACAGACAACUGCCUGAGGGAUAGAGGCAGUGUGAUGGUGUGCGAUGGCCAGCUGCAGGGGGUGCAGUGGUUCAAUCACGCCUGCAAUGACCCGGACGACCCGAGCGUCUACACCAAACUGUGCCUCUACAACGACUGGAUCAACAAUGUGAUGGACCGCUACGUGCCCCCUCUGCCAACCGACAUCACUACAGUGAUGAUGACUGCAGGGAGAGAAUAAUUCAUACACUCAUGUAUUUGUUCCACUCUGAGCAGUUUGUAAAGCCCGUGAUGGAAAGGAGCAGGGAGAAGAAAGUCCUGCUUAUUCAAAUUUAGCUGGUCCGUCAUCAGCGUUGCUUAACAUUACCUGUCAUCUUCACACCAUCUAUUGUUUUUCUAUACAUUCCCUUUAAAUCAUUUGGUAUCAAAUUCCACUUUUUGGCCCAGACAUACACAUCUGUUCAGUUAAAUGUAUUUUAAAUCAUUUUAAGACGUAUACUUUCUGUGGAUUUUCUUGUAAUACUCAACACAAGAAAUCAAGUCCGUAAUUCAAUUAAAUCUGUAUGUUUUAACAGCUCUGAAUCAUAUAAACACUGUUAAACUCUUCAAUAAACAUUGCUCUCUGA